CUGAAACUUGUCUCACAUCCAGCUCUAUCCAACACAGGAAAAAAUGUGAGAGGGAGUCUGAGGGGGGAGUCCAUGGUAAGGCAGAGGGCUGUUCCAGCUUUGUACCUGCCCUCCAGGUGUGCUCACAAUCCUGUGGAAUGUCAGAGACAUCAGAGCAAGGUCUGAGUCACGCACAGCACUCCAUAAAACUUCUUUUCUUCUUCCCUCUUCUGCAUUUUUCACAGGCAGGGAAGAAAAGACCUGUCUCUCCUGCAACACAAGCAACUCCAAUCUUUCCCUCUGGACCUUGUUUUUUAGCAGGAUACCAUCAACCGUGAAGAAUUACAAAAGGACCAACCACGAAUUGGCAUCCACUUCUCAAACUGCUCCGGGACAUUGGAAUUAUACACAACCAUUUUUCUCUUUUGGGCUGAAUUAAAGGAAACUUUUAUCUGGUGGGGGAGAUGUCCGCCCCUCACAUCCUAGGGGCUCUGCUGCUGCUUCUGACGAUAUCUUUUACCAACUGCAACAAAGUAAAUCGAUGUGUGGCUUCCAGAGCAAAGACCUGUACAGAAUGUAUUCGUGUGGACAAGGAAUGCUCCUAUUGUAUAGAUGAGAAUUUCCCCAGUGUUCGUUGUGACCUGCAGAGUAAUCUCAUCCAGUAUGGAUGCAGUAGUGCGGGAAUGGUUUACAUGCAGAGUGAAAUCCGGACUCUUAUGAAAGAAGAGAUUAAUAAAGAAUGGUCUAGAACACAAGUCUAUCCUCAACGAAUGUCCAUGCGACUGCGUGCUGGAGAGGAGCACACCUUUCAAUACCGUGUCUUUGAGCCUCUGGAUACUCCUGUGGACCUUUAUAUCUUGAUGGACUUCUCCUACUCAAUGUCUGAUGACUUGGAAAAUCUCAAGAAAAUGGGGGAUAACUUGGCUGGGGUCGUCUCAAGUCUGUCCAGCAAUUACACUAUUGGCUUUGGGAAAUUUGUGGAUAAAGUUUCUGUUCCUCAAACAGAUAUGAGACCAGAGAAACUGAAGCAGCCUUGGCCAGACAGCACUCCUCCCUUCUCCUUCAAGAAUGUAAUCCGUCUCACCGACGACCUUUCAGAUUUCCGCAAUAAGCUAAGGAACGAGAGGAUAUCUGGAAAUUUGGAUGCUCCGGAGGGAGGUUUUGAUGCCAUCUUACAAUCUGCAGUGUGCACAAACGAUAUUGGUUGGAGAGAUGGCAGCACCCAUAUUUUGGUAUUUUCCACUGAGUCUGCAUUUCACUAUGAAGCUGAUGGAAUGAACGUUCUUGAUGGGAUCCUACCUAGAAAUGAUGAACGCUGUCACCUGGAUAGAACAGGCCUUUACACGUAUGACACUCUUCAGGACUAUCCAUCGGUUCCAACCCUUGUGCGACUUCUUGCAAAACAUAACAUCAUCCCAAUCUUCGCUGUUACCAACCAUUCUUACAGCUACUAUGAGGAAUUAAGUAAGUACUUCACAAUGGCCGAGAUUGGAGAAUUACAGGAGGAUUCUUCCAACAUAGUACAGCUUCUGGACCUGGCUUUCAUGCGAAUCCGAUCCCGAAUGCACAUCAGGGAUCAUAACACUCCACGUGCCCUAAAUAUAGCCGUCUCAUCAGAAACAUCCAAACUAACAGAAGCUGGGUCCUUCCAGGUGACUCGUGGUGAAGUGGGGACAUUCAAAGUUAAUGUGAAGGCUCUAGAGAAAGUUGGUGGGCAGGACGUUUGUAAUCUUCCAAAACAGGACCAGGCAGGCAAUGUCAUCCUCAGACCAUCCACGUUUACCAAUGGCCUGGAGAUUGACGCUUCCAUCAUAUGUGAUGUCUGCCCAUGUGAAAGGCAAAAAGAAAUGAAUUCUCCCAAGUGCAAUGGGAAUGGGCACUUUGUAUGUGGGCAUUGUGAGUGCAAGGAUAACUGGAGAGGGGAGGUCUGCAACUGCUCAUCUAGUCAAGUUAUAAACAGUCAGUCAUGUAUAGCCCCUGGAAGCGAUGAGAUCUGUUCAGGACAAGGGGAGUGCCUGUGCGGCGUGUGCCAGUGCUUCGCAGAUUCCCCAGAACGUCGGUAUGAAGGGAGGUACUGCCAGUUUAAUACUGCCACGUGUCCACGUGUAAGCGGCUUUAUGUGCAAUGAUAGAGGACAUUGCUAUAUGGGAGGUUGCGCAUGUCAGACUGGUUGGGAAGGACCUGCAUGUGAUUGUCCAAUCAGUAAUCAGACUUGUCUGGACAGAAAUGGGGGCCUGUGCAAUAACCGAGGGAAAUGUGAGUGCGGUCGUUGCAAAUGUGACGCCGAUUCCCAGUUUGCCGAUGCCAUGUGUGAAUUUAGCAGCUCAUUGCGCCUCCUGGGGGCCUGUGAGGAUGUCCGGACAUGCGCGCAGUGCCAGGCCUGGGGCACUGGGGAGAAGAAGGGCAAAAAAUGUGAAAGCUGUGACAUCCAGAUAAAGAUGGUGGAUGAGCUCACCAAAGUUGAUGAACGAACAGAGAAAUGCACUUUCCGUGAUGAGGAGGACGAUUGUACCUAUCAUUACACAGUAGAAGGAGUGGGUUCUGUGUUGGCCAAUUACACUGUGCUAGUACAAAAGAAAAAAGAAUGUCCACCCGGUGCCUUCCUAUGGCUCAUUCCUCUACUCAUCUUCCUGAUGCUGCUCCUCGGUCUGUUACUUCUAUUGUGCUGGAAAUACUGUGCCUGUUGUAGGGCUUGUCUGGCUCUGCUGCCUUGCUGUGGACGAGGGCGCAAUGUGGGAUUUAAGGAAGACCACUAUAUGCUACGACAAAGCCUUAUGCAAUCUGAUUAUCUAAACACUCCACUUGUACGAAAUGGAAACCUGAAAGGUGGAGACUCAGUGAGAUGGAAGAUUACCAACAAUGUACACCGACCACCUCCAUCACCCGAUGCCCUGAACCCCAAAGAGCUGGUCCCAUAUGGAGUCUCACUGAGGUUGGCUCGCCUUUUCACUGAGAACCUGUCUAAGCCUCAGACAAGGGAAUGUGAGCAGCUCCGUCGGGAAGUUGAACAAACGCUAAACGAGGUGUAUAAAGUGAUACCUGGAACACACAAGGUGAAGCAGACCAAUUUCCGGUUACAAUCCAAUGCAGGCAAAAGACAGGAUCACACAAUUGCAGACACCGUAUUGAUGGCUCCAAGAGAAGCUGAACCUGAAAUUGUAAAAGUCACAGAGAAACAUGUCAACCAAGAGUCUUUCCAAGACUUGAAAGUCACCCCUGGCUACUACACAGUCAUAUCGGACAGAGAUGCCCAUGGGCUGGUGGAAUUUCAGGAGGGAGUGGAACUUGUGGAUGUUCGUGUGCCCCUUUUCAUCAGACCAGAAGAUGACGAUGAGAAGCAGUUAUUGGUGGAGGCACUGGAUGUUCCCACAGGAAUCGCCCACCUGGGAAAGAAAAAUGUUAACAUUACAAUCAUCAAGGAGCAAGCUAAGAGUAUAGUGUCCUUUGUGAAGCCAGCGUAUACCUACAGCCGCCAUGAACAAUUAGCACGUGUUCCUGUUUCUCGGGAAAUUCUGCAGAGUGGUAAAUCACAGGUUACCUACCGCUCAAAGGAUCUGACGGCUCGUGAGGGCAAGGAUUAUGCAUUCUCAGAAGGUGACCUGGCAUACCAAGGAGAUGACACACUCUCAGAGAUCACAGUUCCUUUGCUUGGCCGGUCAGAGGUGGACACCUUGUUGGGAAACCGCCAGGUCAAACAGUUUCUGCUGGAGCUUAGUAAUCCAAAGUAUGGGGCCAAGAUUGGCAAAUACCCACAAUGCACCAUCACCAUUGACGACAGCCCAGCAACAGAGGUUGUGGAGAAGGUAAUGCCUGUGCAGUCCCUACAGUCACCACGUGGCAAGAUUGGUGCCCCCAUCAACCUUAACGCCCAGGCGAUCAAUGCUAGGAAAAUCCGACUUAACUGGAUACCCCCAUCUGGAAAACCAGCUGGGUACAAGGUGCGGUACUGGAUUCAAGGAGACUCAGAGUCAGAUGCUACUGUUAUGGACACAAAGUUACCUACAGCCGAUCUAGGCAAUCUGUACCCAUACUGUGACUAUGAGAUGCGAGUGUGUGCCUACAAUACGCAGGAGGAGGGGCCUUAUUCAGAUGUUGUGACAUGCCAGACCCCUGAGGAUGUUCCAAGUGAACCAGGCCGGUUGGCUUUCAAUGUAAUUUCCAGCACUGUGACACAGCUGAGCUGGGCAGAGCCUGCAGAGACCAAUGGCAAUAUCACAGCAUAUGAAGUUAACUAUGGCAUGGUCAAUGAGGAUAACCAACCCAUCGGACCCAUGAAGAAAGUUCAGCUCAAUGGUCCAAAGAAGCGAAUGGUACUCAUUGAGAAUUUACGGGAGUCUCAGCCAUACAGAUACACUGUGAAAGCCUGUAAUAGCGCUGGCUGGGGACCAGAGAGAGAGGCUUCCAUGAACCUUGCAACUCAACCAACUCGUCCAAUGUCCAUUCCUAUUAUUCCGGAUGUUCCAAUUAUUGAUGCAGAGGGUGGAGAGGAUUAUGACAGCUAUCUCAUGUACAGUACAGAUGUAAUGCGAUCUCCAGUUGGAAGCAAGAGACCCAGUGUGUCUGAUGAAUCGGGCCGGCGCUGGAAGUACGUCCCCCUCCUGGGCUCAGGACUGGAUCUACGUCACAUCACAUGGAAGACUGAUGAAGAGGUCAUCCCACGACUGUCUGUCAGCAGUGCCAUGUCCACCGACACAGAGAGCCUCCAGGACCAAGUGGACAGUGGCAGUUUCUUGGUGAGGAGAGGGACCAUGCGUGCUCCAGCAACAGCAGAAGAUAACACCAAGAUGGUGGGGGUGUCAGAACAAUUCCUUAAUGGGCGUAUGGACUUUUCUUUCCCCGGAUCCGUAAGCAGCCUGACUCGUACAGGAGCUCUUGGCUACCAACAACUCAAUCCUAGCAUGCACCAAGAAACAUACAGGUUUGGCAGUACCAGUUCUCAGCACUCAACGAUGCUUUCAGGACAUGAACGGGUUGGUGGAGGGUCCCUGCCUCCCACAAAGGAGAGACGUGGUAGACACUUUGUUGGGGCAAAGGUGAAGGGUUACCAUGCAUUCCGGGACACAAUAACCAUGCCUGACAGUCGUAGAGGGCCACAUAUGGUGAUAGGGGCAUCAGGACAAAGCCGACUGGGACUACCUCCACUUAUAGGGGGGAGUGGAAGAGGACGCACCCAUUCAGAGGAUGUGCGGGAUGCUCUCAGCAGUUUGGAUGUGGCCAUACAGGAAUCCCGCAUUUCUCCUGGAAUCCCAGACACGCCCACUCGCUUGGUGUUCUCCGCAUUGGGGCCGACGUCCUUAAAGGUCAGCUGGCAGGAACCACAGUGUGAACGAGAAGUACUGGGGUACAAGGUGCACUAUCAGCUGCUCAAUGGAAGCGAUUCUCGGACCAUCGAUAUUCCGAAUCCCAGAGAGAACUCGGUGGUGGUGGAAGAUUUGCUCCCCAACCAUUCCUAUAUGUUCCGAGUGAAGGCACAAAGUGAGGAAGGAUGGGGACCAGAACGGGAAGGUGUCAUCACUAUAGAGUCCCAGGUGGACCCGCACAGUCCUCUCAGCCCUGUACCAGGAUCCCCCUUCACCCUGAGCACUCCCAGUGCCCCCGGACCCCUCGUCUUUACUGCUCUUACCCCAGAUUCACUACAGCUGAGCUGGGUGAGACCAAGGAAACCUAAUGGCACCAUCCUGGGUUACAUGGUCACCUGUGAAAUGCUUCACGGAGGAGGAGAGCCAAGAAAUAUAUACGUGGAAGGUGAUAUGCCUGAGACUACGCUGACCGUUCCUUUCCUGAGCGAAAAUCUUCCCUACAAGUUCAAAGUGCAAGCCAAAACAACGCAAGGCUUUGGGCCGGAGAGAGAAGGAAUCAUCACCAUAGAAUCUCAGGAUGGAGGAAACUUCUCUCAGUUUGGUACACAGCAGAUCACACGGCGAGAGGUUUUCAAUCUCCCAACAGAAUACAGUCAUACCAACGUCACUCACUCCACAAUGUCAGAGCCUUUCUUCAAAGAUGGCAUGUCUGUUGCCACCCACCGCAUGGAAAGCUCCGGCACGGUCACACAACAGGUCACCAAAGAGUACGUCACACGAACAAUGAUGCAAGGAGGAUCCCUCAGUAGACAGGUGGAGCGCCAGUUCUAUGAAGCCUAAAAGAUACGCCAUGCUGCCUUCACCGGACAAUACGCCGCGCUUGGGUGCCAUUUAUAUAUGGUGCAUCGCUAUGACUCCCUCUUUACGUCAUGGGAGUUGCUUUCGUGCUUCUAUGUGUAAUCCUGUUUGGGAGAUUCUGAACAUUUUCCUUAGAAGUCAAACCUAAGACAGGACAAUGUAGAGGAUGGAGAGAUGACAGGUGUAUUCUGACGCAGGUGCUAGCCAAGGUACCAAAGGGGUGACAAUUUUAAUGUCUGAACUCCACUUCAUAACACAAUGCUAAAAUGAUUUUACUUUGAUGGGGAGGAAUCCAUUGUAAAAUGUCGUCCCAGCAUCCUGCGCUUCAUGGUAUGAGUUAACCAAACUUUAUUUAAUUAUCUUUUUUAUGAUUUGUAUAUAACUUUUUUUAUUACAAAAUAUGCAGCAGAAAGGGAUUCUAUGUCUGUGUGACGUGUACUGGAUGAACCUUGGUACUGGCCCACUACGGGUAAUGUGAUAGGUGUAUGGGGGGGGGGGGGGGAUGGGUGAGGCUGUAAUGUCAGGUGUACUGGAUUUUGUAGAGAACCUUAGUACUGUCCUUGUGUGUGGGUAAUGGGGGGGUCGGUAAUGUUAGGUGUAUGGGAAUUGAUGAGGCUGUAAUAUCAGGUGUAGAGGACCUCAGUACUAUCCUGGGGUCAGUAAUGGGCUAGGUGUAUGGGGAUGGAUGAAACUGUAAUGUCAGCUGUAUAGGCUCACUAUGAGUAAUGGGGUCGGUAAUGGGCUAGGUGUAUGGGGGUAGAUGAGGCUGUAAUAUCAGGUGUACUGGAUGUUGUAGAGGACCUUAGUACUGUUCUGGGGUCAGUAAUGGGAUAGGUGUACGAGGAUGGAUGAGGCUGUACUGGAUGCUGUAGAGGGGACCUUGGUACUGUCCUGGGGUCAGUAAUAGACUAGGUGUAUGGGGAUGGAUAAAACUGUAAUGUCUGCUGUACAGGACCUUAGUACAGGCUCACUAUGAGUAAUAGGGGUCGGUAAUGGGCUAGGUGUAUGGGGAGUAGAUGAGGCUGUAAUGGCGGGUAUACUGGAUGUUGUAGAGGAUCUUGGUACCGUCCUGGGGUCGGUAAUAGGCUAGGUGUAUGGGGGGUAGAUGAGGCUGUAAUGUCAGGUAUACUGGAUGUUGUAGAGGAUCUUGGUACCGUUCUGGGGUCAGUAAUGGACUAGGUGUAUGGGAAUGGAUGAAACUAUAAAUGUCAGCUGUACUGGAUACUGUAGACGGGACCUUUGUACUAGCCCACUAUGGGUAAUAGGGGUCAGUAAUGGGAUAGGUGUAUGGGGGUUGUCUGAAGUUGUAAUGUGAGGACAGUAUUACAAAGUGGAGACAUUUUAGAAGGAAAUGGGAGUUAUCCAAAUGUCUAGAAACAUCACCAGAGAUCCUUAAAGAACUCUAAACAAAAACUCUUUUAAAUAGCAGAGCUUUCUAAACCAAUGAAUAUAACCUAUUAAAGCUGAAUACCCCCACUAUGCCAAGAAUGAUACAAUAAAAAGAUAAUGCAGAUACAAAUAAAAUGUUCUUUAUUAAAGUAGAAAGGUAUAUUCACUACACUCCCUUAAGGUUACAAGACACCGCAUCCGGCCGAUGGCUUGGUGACAUAGAAGGUCGGCGUUCCUUGGAAUUUCUCCUGAGAAAAAAAACAAAAAAGAUAGUGACCCAUCUCAUCUACACAUUCACACAUUUUACAUAAGCCUUGUAUUCCAAGCUGCUUCAUACUAACCAAAUGUCCUGCCUUGUGGUCAACAAGAAGGCGCAACAUGCAACUUCUCCAACAAAUACCAUACCUGUAUGUACACCGAUGACCCCUUCCCAGGGAAAUAGAUAAAGAGUUGUAAUAAGAUCCUUUCACAAACUUCAAAAUGUAGGUAAAAGCCUUGAAAAUGACAUCAUUUAUCCUCCUCCCGCUGACUGUGUGCUAUGCGGCCUCUUAUUGGGUGGACUUUAAUGCAGAGAGUCCACAUAUAUAUGGCCAUUUGUAAGCACGUUUCUGUGCUGAAAGCGCGUGUCCUGUGUGCUCCCAGCGGGGACCAGAAAGCUUCUGAUGCAUACUUGCAAUUGGGAGCUUUCUGAUCAUGUGACUGCCAAUCACAGCGGUUACAUGACCUGAAUGCCCGCCUCUGCCUCCCAGUAUUUAGAAGUUCCUAAAGGGCUGGGGGGCGAUGGUGAAAGGGGUUAAAUGCUUACUAACAAUAUUUCUCCUUGAUUACUCCUACCAUGUUAUAACCCUCUUCUUUUCUGGGAAAGUCGUAUUACUGUCUGUGCUCGCCCAGCACCUCCAUCCCUCACCUCACUUACAGAUAAUGUGCUGGGGGAGGAGCUAAGGAGAAUAUUAUCGAGUGUUACGUGAUUGCUGUCACAUUCAUGAUGGUGGCAGCCAUUCUCAGUCUUGGACUUUUGGAUGUCUCCACAAGGGGGACUUUUUUUAUCAGGAAAGAACAUGCCUAAAAUACAAUAAAUGCAUAACCCUAUGGGAACCUUGCUAUUAAAAUUAAUUGUCAGGCAACAGAGUCUCUUUAAUGUAUAAAUUACUAUUGGGGCUCAUUUUGCAGCCCCUCUAAAAAGCAAUCUUCAGUGGAUCAGCUGGCGCGUGCUGCCCGUUUUGACCCUAAAAAUGGAUGCACUGCAUGCAGUUGCCGCGUGGCCCAAUUUAUUUGAUUGGGGGGUGUUUGGUGGUGGUACUGCCUCUGGAAUGCUGUUUGAUUUUUGCUGCGGCCAUGACAUGCAUACAGUCCUCAGGAGCUGCAUCUACUUGUUCAGGUGGGUGGUUGGGGGUGGUAAAACUGCGACUCACCCACCUGCUUUUAACCCCCUCGCCCAAACAAACCAUUAGGGAGGCAUCAGCAAAAGGUAAGAAAGCACUGCCUAGUUGGCUUAGUUUUAGAUGAGGGCUGAGUAGGACCCUUGGUGUGGAGCCUAUGGUCUGCUAGGGUCAUAAUCGUUCCUUGCUUUGAUCAAUCCCCAUUGGCUACUAAAUUCUGGGACUGUGAUGUCCAAACAAAGAAAAGGGAAGACAAAGACAGCAACAGAAACCAUUGUCAAAAAGUUCUAACCCUUCCCCCACAUUAUUAAAUGCAUUUUUUGGCCGAUUCCCCUUUGGCGAUGGCUUAACAGGAAGUGAGGAGGCAAUGGCAAUAAAAUCCUGACCAGGGCUCCAAGAAAAUGGUGUGUUUUGGCCAGGGCUGGGAUUGAACUAUGAUGGCCCCCCCAUAUGUCCUACUCUCCCAAUAACUACAACUAAGUCAAUAGAUUUACAGUGAAGUCAUUUAAGCAUGUUACUGAAAUAGACAAGUAUUUGUCAGUUCAUAGGAAUUCUUGUCUAAGGAGAUUUCUAUCCCUCUGAAUGAAUGGAAGCAGCAUCUGGGAGAUGGCAAUAUAGAAUGUAUAUUAAAGACACGUCCUGCUUUGUUUUGUACGGUUAUCUUCAAAGCUGGUUUAACUUUUGUGAUAAUAAAGUCAUUUUUUCAUAAAACA